ACAAAUUCGCGAAGAAGAAGUUUGAUUGCUGCCAAAUAUGGUCAUAAACACCGGCUUCACUCGCUGGCUAAACUACUCCUGAAGUGAGUGCAGUAUCUUUACAUGCUAUGAGACAAAACAUGCUAAUUAUCCUCGUAUAUUAUUGUCAUUAAGAACCGAGCGUCACGAUGCUCUGAUAGGACAUUGAGAAAAUGUCGGGAUGCCCUGUGCCCUUUCUCCAACCACCACCACCACCACCUCCACCCGCACCUCCACACUCAGUAGACAAAAAGAAGAAGUUGUAUCAGACGAUAGGAGGCAGCCGGAGCCCAGUGGAAGGAGACAACACGGAGCCCCUCCUGCUCAUUCGGCAGAGGGAGAGAAGUUUCAGCCGAGCUCUCCACUGGACUCUGGUUAACGCGUACGUGCCUUCUCUCAUCCAAGACGGCCCACAGUGCGGCCUGGUGGCCUUGUGGAUGGCUGCUCACCUGCUGCGAGCGUCCGUUGACAUGGACGCCGUAGUUCAGGCUGCGCUUGGCCGAGGCUUCACAGCGCAGGGUGAAAUGUUCUCAGCUAGAAACAUGGCGUUGUUGGCCGAGGAGGUGUGUGGGUGCAAAGCGGAGCUGCUGUCAGGUGGUUUGAGUGGCAACAACGCCACCAAGAUCAUCACACACUUAUGGAGCAGACAGCCUGUUCUCAUCCCAUAUGAUGAAGACUACAACCACGAGCCCUGCCAGCGUGGUGGCCACAGGGCGCACUGGGCUGUGGCCUCCGGUGUUCUCCUGGGUGUCAACAAAGGGAGCACGGACACAGAGCCCACUCAGCCCGACCUCACUCUGCCGUGGGUUCACCUGCGAAGGGACUCCAGCACUUCCUCCACAUCAUGUCACGCUGAAGACAUCUCGCAUCCCAGAGAAGUUUACAUCCUGGCCAAACAGGGCAAAAGUUUGCGCUACCAACUGUGGAGUCUGGACAGUGUCGCCCGUAGCAACGAGCAGCUGAAGGGCAUGGACCCGCAGAGAUGCGGCGACGGGACACAGUAUAUGCUUCCCCAAGGUGGCGUGGAAGCCGGUUUGGCUGGUCAAGCAGUUUUGCUGCACAUAAGCACACGGUGUGAUCGUGUGGCACACAAACAAGAAUCAUGCUUCAGUUGAUGAAGAAGAUAUGGUUAAAAGCUCACCAGUGAUGGAGUUUGGUUCACAAUGCUCAAUCAAUGAAUGCCAUUUAUAGUCAUCAUAUGAAACUGUACAAUGAGAUUGGAUAGCCUCUCCUGCGUCAGUGCAUACAUAAUGGAAAAACAAAUAAAAAUACAUGUUUAAAAUGGAAUGCAUAAAAGGUAUUGCUCAAGAUAUUGGAAUCAUUGUGCCUGUGUAUUAAUAGCGUGGCUAGAAGAUAAGAUGAAUGUUCACCCAGAAAAAAAUCUGUUCCUCACUCUGUUGGUUUUUUGCUUUUGUGCAUUUGUACCGCUUUCCAGAUUGCAGCAGCUCAAAAUGUUGAUAACCAGGGUGUUUAGUGUCCUUAAUAUUGUUCCGAGCUCUGCUGAGGCACCAAGAGGAAUAAAUGUCUGGCACGAAGGGGAGAGGGCAGUCAAUGAUGUUCUGCAUUGCUUUGAAUGUCCUUUCAAGCUCUGCUCUUAUCGGCCGAGUGUCGCCGAGGCAAUUAAAGGCGAGCAAAGAAACUGUUGAACUAAUCAGCCCAUGACUCGCUUUUAUCUCCUGGUGUCGGAUCACAGCCUCAAGUUUGUGAGGCUCUGCAGACCCUGCCACACCUCCUGAGGUCUGUUGUUGGGAAGAUCAGAAAUACUGUAUUGACAUGGCCAAAGUACUCUAUUGUACACUUCAUCCUUUAGCAGAAAUAUCUUCUGGUUUUAACCAAAGUGUUAAAUUUCCUGUUUGUUUGUUUUUAUUUAUUUUUUGUAAUCCAAAAUGGCCAUAUUGGAACAAGGUUCACUUCACCUUUUUUUCUUUCCACCACAUGAUUCCUAGCAGAAUCAAGGAAAAUGAUUGUUUUAAGUAUGCUGAAGAUUGUUGUGCUUUUUCU